AUGCUCUGCGCAAUCUCUGGCGAAGCUCCCCGCGAACCCGUUGCCUCGCGCAAAUCGGGCAACGUCUUCGAAAAGCGCCUCAUCGAAGCCCACAUCUCAGAACACCACACCGACCCCGUUACUGGCGAGGAUCUCGCGACGGAGGACCUCAUCGAGCUCAAGUCGCCCAAUGUCGUCACUCCGCGCGCGCCCAACUUCACCUCGAUACCGGCCAUGCUCAGCGCCUUCCAGAACGAGUGGGAUGCGCUGGUUCUGGAGACGCAUACGCUCAAGCAGCACUUGGCGCAAACGAGGCAGGAGCUGAGUACUGCGCUGUACCAGAACGAUGCGGCGACGAGGGUCAUCGCGCGGAUAUCCAAGGAGAGAGACGAGGCGCGCGAGGCAUUGUCCAACGUCACCAUCAGUGGAGGCGGCCAGGGCGAUGCCAUGCAGGUGGACGGCCAGGGCCUGCCUCAGCAGCUUGUAGCUCUUGUGGAAGAGACACAGCAAGAACUCUUCGGCACCCGACGAAAGCGACCUGUGCCGGCAGACUGGACCUCUGGGGACGCCAUUUCCAACUACGACGUUGCCAAGACGACCGAAUCUCUAUACCCAGGCAGCACCAAGAUUGCGGUCAACGAGGCACAGAAUGUGCUGUUCGGUGGAGCGGAUGGCACCACGGGCGUCUACUCACUGACCCAGGGCAAGGUCCUGGAGACAUUCAAUGCAGGCAGCGCAGUCACAUCGGUGGCAUGGUGGGGAGAGCGCGCGCUUGUUGGAACAUCGGCAGGCACAGUCAAGGUGUUCUCCAACGGGGAUGACGUUGCGCAAAUAGCUUCUCACGCCGGAGCUGUCACGUCCAUGUCCGUACAUCCCAGCGGCAAGAUGCUCGCAACCGCCGGCGCCGACAAGCGAUACGCCAUCCACGAACUUACAACCUUCAAGACGGUCUCGCAAGUCUACGUCGAAGCCGAGAUCACAUGCGUCUCGUUCCACGUAGACGGCAUGCUUUUCUUCAUCGGAAGCUCCGACGGCAACAUCCGCAUCUACGACAUCAAGACUGGCACACAAAUGGCCGAACUCGCAACUUCGGCUCCCGUCGUCGAUCUCAAGUUUUCUGAAAACGGAACUUGGUUCGCCGUCGUACAGGAAAACUCGUCCAGUGUCGCGAUUUGGGACAUCAGGAAGCAGGCUGCCAUCCACACGCUUGAAUCUGGCAGCCCGGUUAAUAGCGUUAGCUGGGAUUACACCGGCCAGUUCUUGGCAAUUGGUGGAACUGGCAGUGUUUCGGUGCAGCAGUACACCAAGGCGACGAAGAGCUGGGCUGAGCUCGUCAGGAAGGCGGCGCCGGCAAAGGAUGUCGCUUGGGGUGGCAGGGCCGAGAAUGUUGUGGCGCUGACUACCGAGGGUGGUUUGGCAGUGCUGACAGCGCCUUAG